GCACCUAUAAGAUUUGUUUGCGGACCGCCAUAAUACCAAAGAAGAGGAAGUAGCUAGCUUGGCUAACCACAUCAGCUGUGUGCCACAUUUUCGUGAAGCUUUUGAACAGCGUUGCCAUCCAGACCUUUUUUUUUGUUGCCAAGACUGAGCUCUAGGACCAGACAUGGCACGUGGUCAUCAAAAAGUCCAGUCUCAGCAGAAGAAUGCCAAGAAACAAGCGGAGGCCAAGAAGGCCAAGGGACAUGAUCAGAAGACGGCCGCAAAGGCAGCUUUAGUGCACACCUGCGGUGUCUGCCUGUCACAGAUGCCGGAUCCCAAAACCUUCAAGCAGCAUUUUGAGAGUAAACACCCCAAAUCACCAAUGCCCCCAGAGCUGGUCGAUGUUGACUCUGGCAUCUGAACCGGACUCCCACUGAAGACCCCAGCUAUGUUCCUUGUUUAAGGCAAACUGUCAAUGCUGAAAACAAACCCAUCUCUCUCUUAUCCACACCCUCAUACAGAAAACAAACCCCUCGCUCUCUUAUCCACACCCUCAAACAGAAAACAAACCCCCCUCUCUCCCUUAUCCACACCCUCAAACAGAAAACAAACCCCUCUUGUUAAAUGCCUAAUGUCUCUUUUGUUGAUCUUUCAUCCUAGUUUCCAGUUUCUCCCUGUGGAUUACCUAGAAAUAGACACAAUCUCUUUCAUUGUUUCCUUUUAGUUUAUAAUUGAAUGUUGGGUAGAAUGGAGCAGAUGUCCAUUCCCAGCUGUGAGAGGUUGAAGAUGAUCCCUGAUCUGGUGUUAGGUCUGUAGCAUUCUUCUCUUCUAGCUCUAAUCAAUGCUUUGUUUUUGGCUGAUCAAACCCAUCAUUUUUGACAGCGAUGAUCCAAGCUGAAACAUGUUGUGACUUGUUUUCUAAUUCACAUCAAACUCCUCAGCAUAAUUUGUACACUUGGAAAAUGCAUUCAUGCCCCAAUGAUGUAAUAUAACAUUCAAUAAAGUUGGCCUUGUUUAGUA